CUCGUGGCUAUUUUAUUCAAAGAGUGUGUCUAUUAUCGUUAGCUAAAAGACUCUUCCGCUCGCUGUUCUUUGGAGAUUAGGCGUACUGGCGAACCUCAUCAUGUUGUGAUUUCUGAAAGUGAAGCAUUGGCAUGGACAAUAAAACUACUUCUUUGCCGACAACGGCGGCGCAAGAGAAAGAAAUUCCCUUUUGGAUGGUAGUUGUAUGGUGUGUGGCUGGUUUCCUCGCAGUUACUAUGAUCAUAGUGGGUAUUUACUAUAGCUACUUUGUUUGCUGCCAAACUCGGAAGAAGCGUAAGAAUAAAAGACCACAUGCAAAGCACCAAAAUUUGAGACACCCAGUGGAUGUAUAUCCCAGAGCAUUCAUCGAACAACUGCAUGACAGUGAAACCAACUCUAGAGCCAUGUUCUCGCCGUCAUUCGUGGAUAAUAUGAGAAUUCCCCGUGCAAUGGAGGUUAAAAUUAUAGAAUCGGUGAACAGUAUAAACAACACUCAUCCCCUUCCUCAGCUCAACUCACCAUGUCUUUCACCCAAACGCAGUAACAGUAAGGAGCAUUUAAGUCCAGAGAUGUUUUCCCUUCCCAAGGGAAGGAUGCCGCCAUCGAGACAACAGUCUUUUAGAUAUUCGAACAUGACCACUGAAGAGUCCAACGAGAGAAUUUACAGAGAGAAGAUGCUAGUAUCUGAGUUAAGGGAGAAACUUCGUCAUCAAAAUAUGAUUGAUGAGUAAGGAACCAGCGAAUGUUAAACGAGGCGAUGACAAUCGCAGCACGAUUACAAUCCAUGGACGAGAGAAAUUAAAGAGAGAGGCUACUGUAUUUGGGUGGAGGAAGUAGCGAUUUAAUUCAAAAGAGAAUAUGGAGGAAGACCCGAUGAGCAAUCCAAGAUAAGUAAUGCAAUGAAAUAAGAGCGACUUGCAGGAAAGAGAUCAACACCUUGGGUUUAGGUCAAAUGAAACCAUCAGUCAAGGACAAAGCUAUGAAUUUCUAAUAUGAGGGUCGUAUGAGAUUUAAGGGAUCGGAAAAAACAAACAAUUAUUAAAAAAAUGAAGGAUAAACAUAGGUAACUAUAUCGUAUCGACAUUGAGAGGACUGAUGGGUCAAUAACCGUCAUUUGCCACCGGCAUGUAAAUGACGUGCGAAACUAGCCUCCGACGCCGAAAAUCUAGAAACCGGGUAAAGCAUGAACUCCGAAGCUGCCUUAAAGGGAAAGACUUGAUUAUCCUUAUUAGUCAAAGACGUUGUUAAAAACAAGUGAAUGUAACUAUAGUGAGACUCGAAUUACUGCCUUCCAAAGUAGGCAAGGACCUAAGCGCUACUAGAGACAGAAACAAAUGCUCGAGAGAAAUGCAGUUCCAUUGUUUUGACGUUUUCUUAGGCUUCGCCUCCUGAAAUCUCAAAAUGCCCAGUGUCUUUUAUGAAGCUCCCCAAGGGAGAUGAAAAUAGAGGCUGGUAAGGAGUCUCCUUAUGCCCAACAUAUCAUUAACAAGGAGAUUCUCCUCAAUAAAUACCAUACUUACUAAACACAGUAAACAAAUGUGGUUCAUCACCAACAGCCAAUAAAAACAACCAGAAAUAGAGGAGCAGUAUCAUUUGCUACUGCACAGCAGUUUUCUACAAUGUAGCUUGGAAAUGUCCUAAAAUAACGACAAAGAGUGAUGGGAAAUCAAUGAGAUCAAAAUACAUUCCUUUCAAAAGUCGAUUUUUCAGUAUUUCAUUCUUCAACUUAUUACCCUGUGGUUAUAUGUUUACCUAAGACAAUUUAUGGAAAAUGGGUAUCUUACUGUGACGCACUGUAGACAAAAAGUAUUUUGUCGCACGGCGGCCAUGUUUGAGCCGGCACUACGGAAAUAUUCUCUGUCCUUGCUCGUCUCGUCUGAAGGAAAAGACGCCUUUAGAAGUACCUUAGUCAAAGAUUUUUAUAUCAGGAGACUCAAAGUGACUCCAUCGGAUAGCAAAACUUCACGAGCGUCUACAAGUUUUCGUCCUAUUGAUGUCCGCUUUAUUUUAAGCCCGGAUUCUGAGAAAAGUUUAACAAAUAAU